AUGCGUCUCCAGCGCGCUCUACUCCUCGCUGCUCUCCUAUUGGGCCUCGUGAGCGUUCUCCUCGUCCGAGCCGACGACAGCGACGGUGGCGAUGGGAACGGAGCGAUGGAGGAAGAGGGGGAUGAGGAAGAGGCGGAGGUGAAGGAGAAGACGGACGAGAUCGCGGAGGAGAAGGACGUUAUGGUGCUGCACAUCAACAACUUUGAGCGCGCGCUGCGAGAGAACAAGUACCUGCUGGUGGAGUUCUAUGCCCCAUGGUGUGGUCACUGUAAGCAGCUGGAGCCGGUGUACGCACAGGCGGCGUCGGAGCUGAAGAGCUCGUCGUCUGAGGCUCGUCUGGCCAAAGUGGACGCUACGGAGGAGAAGGAGCUGGCCGAGGAGUUCGGGGUGGGCAGCUUCCCCACGCUCAAGCUCAUCACCGAGGGGCGCCGGGCCAACGCCACGGACUUCAGCGGUAAACGGACAGCGCAAGGCAUCAUACAGUGGCUGAACAGGAGAAUGGGACCGAGUGCAACUUCUCUUACGACCACAGAGGGCGCUCAAGAGUUCAUAGAUGCCAAUAACGUCACCAUCGUGGGCUUCUUCAAGUCUCUGGACACAGAGGCGGUGAAGGUGUUCUAUGAGGUGGGCAUGGACGUGGUGGACUUGAGCUUUGGCAUCGUGAGCAGUCCCACGAUAUUCAAGCACUUCGGCCUGGAGGAGGACACUGUGGUGCUGUUUAAGAAGUUUGAUGACAAGCGUGCAGACCUUCCAGUCACAGAGAAGCUUCAGAAAGAUGAGGUCAUCACUUUCAUUAGAGACAACGCCCUGGAACUGAUCGUCGAGUUCAACGAGCAG